UGAGGACCUUGCAGCACGAAGACGCCUGUUUUAGUUGUGUAAUAUAAUCUCUACACAGUUUGAACGGUUUAGUAUCACGGAUUGAGCUAUGUUUUAUCAUAUCUCCCUGGAACAUGAAAUUCUCCUCCAUCCUCGAUAUUUUGGCCCAAAUCUGUUAAACACAGUCAAACAGAAGCUGUUUACAGAGGUGGAAGGCACAUGCACAGGAAAAUAUGGCUUUGUCAUUGCAGUGACUACAAUUGAUAAUAUUGGGGCAGGUGUUAUACAGCCCGGCAGGGGUUUCGUGUUGUACCCUGUUAAGUACAAGGCCAUUGUGUUUCGGCCAUUUAAAGGAGAGGUAGUGGAUGCAGUGGUCACUCAGGUUAACAAGGUUGGACUGUUUACAGAAAUUGGCCCGAUGUCCUGCUUUAUUUCACGCCACUCUAUACCCUCAGAAAUGGAAUUUGACCCGAACUCCAAUCCUCCCUGCUACAAGACAGUGGAUGAGGACAUUGUAAUACAACAAGAUGAUGAAAUUCGAUUGAAGAUUGUUGGUACACGAGUAGACAAGAAUGAUAUUUUUGCCAUUGGAUCCCUCAUGGACGACUACCUUGGUCUGGUUAGUUGACGUGUGUCUCACACAGCGGUCAUCUUGCAACGUUUUUGUAGAUAUUUUUUUUUUCCUGCACUACCUUUCAAGCAGUGUAGAUCUAGAAUAGAUACUUUUAUUUUAUUGUUUUCCUCCAGAACAUGUUUAAAAAAUAAUUUUUAAGCUAGACACUCAAACAAAAUGGGAACAAAAUAUCAGUAAAAGUCUUUUAAUGGCAUUUAAUUUCAGCACAUCCAAACUACAAUAUUGUUGGGUUUGCCUUAGCUAUCUUGAAAAUAUUAAGGGUCAACAAAACUUCUGUGCAAAGGCAAAAGGCAGUAACUGCAAAACGUGCAAACUGAGAAAAAUGGACUUUUGUCUUUAAGGGCUUGGGUUUAAAGAGAUUAUUUCCAAAGAAACGAAUUAUAUCCCUAAGUUUAAUAUCUGUUUGUAAAGUUUUGGCUGGCAGGUGGUCAUGUUGAUGGGUGGUCUGGGUCAAAUUUGAAAGUAGUUCAAUUUGACCAAAAAUGCAGUUGCUGCCUUUUGUCUUUGCACAGCAGAAAAUUGGGUAGUAAGAGAGCAUUUUGCUUUCUAUGCAUUUGAUGAACUUUGAGCUAUUGUCAAACUGUUUAUUUUGCUGUCUGUUAAUGAUGUCUUAAAUCUGGGCUACUUAUUUGCAAUAUAUAUAUAUUUUUAUUGUUUAUCUUUGGUUUAAAUGUCCGUCUAAGGUGACAUUAGUGUUCAUCUUACUGCCGUGCUGUGCCAACUACACUGAGUGUAUAUACUUUUAUAAACAAGUCUUGUGAACCUAA